AUGGAUCCUCACACAGACCCAGACUCCCUCAUUGCAAGAGUCGGUGGGCAAUGGGCAGGACCAGAACUCCAGCGGGAAUUCCAAAGAGAAGUGGCUGAUCUCCUCCAACGAUCCAACCGAUCCUUCCCAGGCGCCCAACCAGUCUCGUUCGCGGCCAGGCACAUUCAAGAACUCAAGAGCGAAGAUUAUUAUGUCUGCGAGAAAACGGAUGGUCUGCGGUAUCUCAUGUAUCUUACCCAAGACGGCGACAGAGAUAUCCAUUACCUGAUUGACCGAAAGAACGAUUACUACUAUGUCCCCGGCUUACACUUUCCCCACCAUGAAGACAAAACCUUCCAUCGGUUCCAUACGAAUACAAUUUUAGACGGAGAAUUGGUGGAAGAUAAAUAUCUCGAUCGACCUUCUGUCAUCAAAUUUCUCGUCUUUGACUGUCUGGUAUUGGACAACACCCUUCUCAUGCAAAGACCUCUCGACAAACGCCUCGCAUACUUCAAAUCGCACGUAUUGCAACCCUACAAAGCAAUGUUCAAACAGAAUCCAUCGAUCCCUCGACCCUUCGUGGUUGAAGACAAAGCCACGGAGUUUAGCUAUGGCUUGGAAAAAAUGUUCAGAGAAAUUAUUCCCAAGGUCAAGCAAUUGCAUGGAAAUGAUGGGUUGAUAUUUACAUGCAAGAAUACCCCCUACAAGACCGGCACGGACGAGCAUAUCCUCAAGUGGAAACCGCCUUCAGAAAAUACAGUGGACUUUCUAUUGCACAUCAACUGGGCUAAGAUCAAACCCGAUCCAGACGACCCCGAUCAAUCCCCGCAAGAUGACUAUUUCUCCUUUCCCGAAAGUUUUGGUCUCUAUAUUUAUUAUGGUAAUGAUGGUCAAUACGCUCAUGUGGGAGAGCUUCAUGUCGAACCGGCCGAGUGGGAAGAAUGGAAGCAAUUGGAUCGACCACUGCAGGACUGUAUUGUGGAAUGUUACCAGGAGGAUCUCAACAAAGACCAAAUUUACGGUUAUAAUGGACGAAACGGAAUGACGAAUGGCACCAAAGAUCUAAACCAUAUGCGCCGCUGGCGCUUCCACCGCUUUCGGGAUGACAAAACCGACGCCAAUCAUGUCAGCACAUUUCAGAGUGUGAUCGAGUCCAUCAACGAUCAUGUUACGGAGGAGGAUUUAUUGGCCAAUGCGGAUGAGAUUCGAACGGCGUGGAAGCUUCGGGACAGUGAAAAUAAAAGGAAGGAGGCCGCAAAACGGUCUCUUGCAACUAAAGGGUGA